CUUCUGGCUACUUCUCCCCCUGCCCUAGGCUGUAGGAAGGCUGGGACGAGGGGACCAGGGUGUGGCUUCUGAUAAACUUGGGUAGGGGGCAAUGCAAACCAAGAAGAGGUAGCCCGGAAAAAAAAUGGACCUCCUGGCCUCUCGAGGUUGGGAGGAGGAGCCCCAUAGGCAGUGGGUGGGGCCUAAAAGAAAUUGGGAACAAAAUCGUCUCUCCAAAGGUAGGCAGGGUUUGCAGCACUCGAGGCGGUGCCAAUGGGAGGAGGUGGGACUAUAAGGGAGUGAUUUCGGACUUUGAGUCCAGCCCUAGGUGGUGUCUCUUCGCUUCCAUCCGCCCCUAGCCCACCUCCUAAUUGGUUUUCAGUUCUUCCGCCCGCAGGGCACCUCCGCCAUUCACCAGCAGCUUCACAAACAAUCUUUUCAACUUGGUUGAGGGGUGAAGGUGGUAGACGCUAAAAUGAACGCAGCCAGGAUUGGGCAGUGGAAGACCUCAUUUGCAUAGACGACUGGGAUUGGCCAGACUCUUGGAUCUAUGGUGCGAACAUCCAGGACCCGUAUCGUAAGGAGCUUUUUGAGAAAACAAACAAACACCACUUCUUCCACAGUUUGGCUCUGCUCUGCGUCCCUCUCUGUAGCAAGCCGAUUUGGAAGACACUCCUCACAGGACAUUGACAUCCUGCUAACAACACCCCCUCCAUGGCAGUUGCCUGGGGUCCCUUCUGGCCUGGAAUUCCUUGUACAGAUUGAUCAGAUCCUGAUUCAGCAGAAGAUUGAGCGGGUGAAAGCAUUUUUUGGCUGGGAUAUCUGUAACCGAUAUGAGCUACAGUCUGGAGUAGGGAUACCGCUGGGACAGGCAGUUGAAGAAAGCAGCUGCUGUGCCCGUCUCUGCUGUGGUGCUCGCCGGCCCAUGCGUAUCCGUGUGGCUGAUCCCAGGAACCGUGAAGUCCUACACUUGAUUCGCCCUCUACAUUGUGGGUCCUGCUGCUGCCCCUGUUGCCUUCAGGAGCUGGAAGUACAGGCUCCCCCUGGCACAACUGUUGGGCAUGUACUACAGACCUGGCAUCCCUUCCUGCCCAAGUUCUCAAUUCAGGAUGCAGAUCGCCAGACACUGCUUCGAGUUGUGGGGCCAUGCUGUGCCUGUGGUUGUGGCAGUGACACCAACUUUGAGGUGAAGACCAAGGAUGAAUCACGGAGUGUGGGUCGGAUCAGUAAACAGUGGGGAGGCAUUGUGCCAGAGGCCCUCACUGAUGCAGACCAGUUUGGCCUCCAGUUUCCCCUGGACCUUGAUGUUCGAUUGAAGGCUGUGCUGCUGGGGGCAGCCUUUCUCAUUGAUUACGUGUUUUUUGAGAAGCCAGGAGAUGCCAAUCCAGGGCCCUCAGUCAUCACCAGUUAGAGGAUGCCCAUGUAAUCAAAGAUAGAUAUCCUGGCCACAGAAUUCCAAGACGUCUGCUACCACCCUGGCUUGGCCCCAGCAUCAAAGAUGGCCACUACCACCCUCCAAGAUGAUGGUGCCUUGAGGAGACACAUCCUAGGAGUGGAGGCUAGGGCUUGGGUACCCCCAAAGAAACUUUGAAAGCCUUCAUUGUGAAGACUGAAGCUCUAUUCCCUACAAGAAGUAAGGAAGAACAAAUGCUGCAUGUGCUGAAUGCUAAGGGGUUUUGUUUUAGGCUUCUUCCUUUUUUGGAUCCUUCAACUCAACCCUAAACCCCCAAUAAUGGUCAUUACUACUUCUCAUUGGUAUCUCGUUCCAUAAAGAUUAUACCAUAUCAUUCUCACUCCUCUUUCCCUGCUACCCCUUUCUAUCCUCUAUUCCCUAGGCACUAGCCAUUUUCCCCUUCCCCUUAUUUACAUUUUUCUACCUCCUUUGAUUCUGAUCUGACCCCAUUCUACUUCCCAGAAUCAUAAUAUCAAAAGGAAAAAUAGAUGUAGGAGCUGGGGGAUUUGAUUAUAUCAAUAGUACCCCCUCAAAAAACAUUCUAGUCAUAGACCUUUUUAACUCUUCCUUUUCAGAUGAGGUAACUGAGGUCAAAUAAAAGUAAAUUGACCAAAGUCACACAGUGAGUUGGUGUGAGGGGGCAGGGCUCAAUCCCAAGUCUCCGGGCUUGCAGGCCAGUGAUUUUCCCCUUUUAUUUUACAAUAUACCUUUUCUUCUUUGGCCAAUAUAAACCCAGUCUCCCUGGAGCCCUUCUUGGACCCAUAGCACUUUAAGAAGAAUCCAGAUAUAUACUCCUUUUGAGGCUGAGGUCCCAGUGCCCAGCUAUCAUGUCCCCCAAAACCAUUUCUCCUGCCCUUUCUCAAACUGGUGCUUAUUGCAGCUUAUGCCUUAUUUAACAUUUUUCCUCCUUCCUCUUCCUGGGCACCAGGGAGGAUAAUGUAUCUUUGUAUGGCGUGUAUACAUGUAUUGUAUGUACAUACACACACAUAUAUUAAAAACUUUCUAACUUUU